AUCAUGUGGGCUCUGCCCGCGCAGGUUCGAAUCCUGCCGUUCACGCUCUUCGAUUUUUGCUGAGUACGAUUACAGUGGAGUUCAAAUGCUGAUUUCUACUAUUUUGCUACGUUGUCAGAGACAUGGUUCAAAUACUGAACCAGUGUAAAGAUGUUCAACAACCUCAUGAACAAAUGCAAAGAUGUCAAACAAAUGCGCCAAUUUCAUGCCCAUUUCAUCACCACAGGCCUUGCCUCUCUCUGCACUUCUCACAUUCUAGCAAAACUCCUCUACGCAAUUACCACCGUAACCAUAAAAACUUCAUCAUUUGCCACAAAUCCAUUAAGCUACGCGCUAUCAAUUUUUAAUAACAUUCCAAAACCUUCUACCUUUUGCUAUAAUACCAUCAUUAGAGCCCACACCCUUCUCUCUUCACCUCUCAAUGCGCUCCUUUUAUUCUCCCAAAUGCGCACCCUUUCAAUUUCACCUGAUUUUCAUUCCUUCCCUUUUGUCCUUAAAGCUUCUUCUCAACUGGGUUCAUUGUCAUGGGCCCGAGCGAUCCACUCUCAAACCUUAAAAUUCGGGUUUGCUGUUGAUUUGUUCGUUCUGAAUUCUCUCAUUAAGGUGUACCUGGGUUUUGAUUGUGUGGGAGAUGCACAAAAAUUGUUCGAUCAAAGUUCUCACAAAGAUUUAGUUUCUUACAAUACAUUGAUUGAUGGUUACAUUAAACAGGGUGAUAUUGCAAAAGCACGAGAAUUGUUUGAUACGAUGCCGUUUCGUGAUGCUGUUUCGUGGGGUACCCUUAUAGCAGGGUAUGCCCAGAGUGAUCAAUGUCGCGAGGCCAUUCAACUCUUUAAAAAAAUGCUGGAGUUAGAUUAUCGACCGGACAAUAUCGCAUUGGUUUCUGCUCUUUCUGCUUGUGCGCAACUGGGACAAAUAGAACAUGGAAAAUUAAUUCAUGAUUACAUUGAGCUUAAUGGAGUUCAAAUCGAUUCGUUUUUGUCAACUGGGUUGGUUGAUUUCUAUGCCAAGUGUGGUUUUAUUGAGACUGCCAUGAAUAUAUUUGAGUCAAGCCAAACAAAAAAUUUAUUUACGUGGAAUGCAAUGCUUAUUGGGCUUGCAAUGCACGGUCACGGGCAAUUAUCACUAGUUUAUUUUUCAAGAAUGAUAGAAGCUGGAAUUAAACCUGAUGGUGUCAGUUUCUUGGGGGUUUUAGUCGGAUGUAGCCAUUCAGGUCUAGUUGAUGAAGCACGGAAGCUUUUUGAUGAGAUGGAUUGUGUUUUUGGGGUUUCUAGGGAGCUUAAACAUUACGGUUGCUUGGCUGAUUUGCUUGGACGUGCUGGUUUGAUUGAAGAAGCAAUGGAAAUGAUAAAGAAGAUGCCAACGGGAGGCGAUAUGUUUGUUUGGAGUGGUUUACUUGGAGGAUGUAGGAUACAUGGAAAUGUUGAGAUAGCUGAAAAAGCUGCAGAGCAUGUGAUGGAGUUGAAACCUGAAGAUGGUGGGGUUUACAAAAUGAUGGCUAAUGUUUAUGCCAAUGCGGAGAGAUGGGAAGAUGUAGUUAAGAUUAGGAGAUGUCUUGAUGUUAGGAAAGUCAAGAAGAAUGCAGGUUGUAGUUUGAUUCAUUUGAAUGGGGUCAUGCAUGAGUUUGUAGCUGGUGACAGUUUGCAUCCUGAAACUGAUGAGAUUUAUCUUGUUCUAAAUGGAAUUUGGAAACAUCAAUUCGAAUUUUGCUAAAAUGCAGUUCACUUGUGUUAUUUUUGUUGAAGUGAAAGGUAGUGUAAAUGUAAUAUAUGUUAUGCUACAUGGCUCCAGAAAUCUCUCUUCUAUGUCGCCCUGUAUGCAUGCCGCAGAUCCAGACUUAGCUCUGCUUUGGCAAGUCAAAAUUAAAGAUGAUGGGUGGUAUAAGAGAAGCAAUAGUGCAAGAUAGGGACCCUAACAACACCAAAAAUGAAAGCAUAUGCUCCCACAGCUAAUAAUGGCCAAUUUCAGGAUCAUCAGAGCAGUAAAACAAGAGCAAUAAGAGGGGAUUUUGUGCCGGUGUACAUGGCGAUAGGGAUAAUAGCCUUAUCAUUGUCUCUGGAACUACAUACUGAGAAGCAGCAGCUCAUGCACUCACCAGGAGCUGGAGUUAAGAAGGAGGAAGAGAGACGCUGCCAGAAGUUUACCUCCCGGAUAAGGUGGUGGAUGAGGCCGAUAAGUUUGUGAAGAAAUCUUUUUUCAGAAAGGUGGCCAUGUUUAGGAGUUUGAAUAUGGUGAUUAUGUAUUCCUGAUCCCAUAAGAAAGCAUGCUUUGGCUCAUAAACCAGGGGCCAAGACUCUCUAGUCUCUUGAUGUUGAUCCCAAGCCUCAUUGAAGUGAUUUUACCUAUAGAUUUGGAUAAGGAUUUUGUACAAGGAUUUCAACUUCUAAUUUUUAUAAAUACAAGGUGGACAAGCUUUGAAUCGAUUUAAUACAA